UAGUUAGAGACGCGCUCUAAAAGUCAGAUUUUAUAGGUAUAAUAUGCCAGUAGGGUAUAAGCGUCUAUCCAAUGAUGAGUUGGUUCCGUUCCUCCAAGAUAUACACGCGGGUAUCAAUGACCUGGAUGCAAGUCAUUUUGAAAGGAUCAUCAAAUACUUGAUAUACAUCAUCAAUCUCCAAUUAAACGAGUCUCGUCCCAAUUACAAGCUAUGCCAGCAAAUAUAUAACACCAUGACUUUAUUAUUGAACAAGAAAGGAUACUUGAUCAAUCUCUCGAUUGGCGAUGAUUUGAUUAGUGCCAUUGGGAUAUCUGUACCUCGAGAUUCAGACUACCUAUUUGAAGUCGUUGUGUUCAAUCAAAUUGAUCAAUUAGUAAGGCUUUUUGAGCUAGAAGCAUCAGAUGAGUUUAUAAAUUUGAUUAAACAGUUCAUUAUGACGGUUAUCAAUACCAGCUUGAUGGGAACUCGCGAUAUUACCUUUAAGCACUAUGUUAAAAAGAUGUUGAGCACAAAGAUGUCAGAUAUGGUCGGUGGAAUAUAUCAAAAGCUUAGUCUAGCCACUGAGAAUGAUACAUACAAAGCAGUCCAAUUUGUGUUGAUCAUUAACAACUACGAGGUGAUGCAAAAACUACAGCUAAACCAGUUCAACUUCGAAAUGGUGCUUAAAAAGUGUUGGUUCAUAGUCACUUCUACAAAGUUCCAGGUGAACAAUACUUUAAAGUCUCUAUUGAUUUUAAGUGUGACAAACAACCUUAUCUUAAGUGACUCAGUCCCUUUUUCAACGAUGAAUUUGCUAAUAGAGUGGAUACUGGCGUACCUAAACGAGCCGGUAUCUGACAAUAUUUUGGUAAGCUCAAUUUGUCAAAGUUUACUCAAGAUUCUAAAGGUCUCCGUUAAAACGAAUACUCUACACAAUAUCCAGCAUGCCCUCAACUUGAACUACUACUUGAACAGCCUGAAUUUGACAUAUGAACACCCAACCAUCGUGAGGCAAGUGCUUUCGAUAAUAAAGAACUACAACCCACACUAUAAAUUUCCUAGGCUAAAAGAUGCAGAACUCAAUUACCUUAUCGAGGAACUACAAAAUCAUAAUAGCUACGAACUACUUGAGUUCUACAGCUUUCGUUCAGGAUUCCAAAAAGCUACAGAUUUACAAGACCCGUCCAGAUUGAAUGAUUGGGUUAAAUCGGUCGCCGAUUUAUUCUUGAAUGAGGCCUUGAAUGAACCACAGCUCUAUACUUUGGUGUCAGCUCUUGGAAACUUACCUUGUUUGGUUAGUAGUGACUUUGAUUUUGAAUCUUCAGAAUGUACAGCAUGUGGGUCUUACCCUAAUUGUACCAACAUAUACAAGCGGAUAUCGUUUCGAAGACCGAAAAUCAAUGAAAACCAUACAAUGAAGAUUUACUACCAUGAUUUGAUACUUCCCAUGCUCAAAUCGCCACUCAUUGAAGACCCUUUCGUGUGCUGCAACUUGUUGCUAAGUAUUUACAAAAUAUUAGCGUCCUUCAGAGUCUCUUCACCGGACCUUUCUCAGGAUCAGGUUUUCAAUUUUGUCAAGACCUUAAUGGUUCACCAGAACAGAACUGUUAGGGUAUUGUCAUCAAGAAUUUUUCCGUGUUUCUUAAUUGAUGAUAAAGAUACAUAUUUGGACCAUCGGUUUUCCCUAAUAUUUCAGUUUCUAAGCUCCAUCCAAUUUGAUUCUCCUUCAACUACGUUCUUGGCUGAGUCAACAAUCAAAGCAUUCACCGAAAUAGCGAUCAUAGCUGAAGGAGAAUGGUUAAAUGCCUUGGUUUUGAGAUUUAUAGAUUUAUUGGGAGGGUCAAAUGAACACCAUAUCAACUUGGUGUCCCGUGCCUUUCAUGAUAUCGCUAAUGCCAAGGGUAUCAAGCCUUAUAAAUUGUUGUCACCAUUUUUACCGGUAGUAGCAGUCAAGUUGAUAAAAACGAACACGAUAUUCAAUAAGAUCUUGGAGGUCAGUGCUAUCAGCAGAAAUUACUUUUUGAAUUUGACCAAAGAGUACACAGCUCCUUAUUUAUUGGAUUAUUAUAAGUAUGACUAUAUCCAAGAAAUUGCAGAUGCAUGUAAUUUUUCCAAAGAGAAACUAAUUUCCAAAUGCUUGUCCAAGAUUCUAGCUGUGUAUCUUGUUAAAGAUGACAGAGUCAAUGAUAAGUAUAUCAUGAAUAUUUUGAGAAAUGCCGGUUUCUACAAAGAUUUGAGUUCUUCAGACAUUUACUUUAAUAGUGGAAUUGGCCUUGUUACAUGGAAUAUUCUUCUUCAAAUACACUACGAUGGAAACGGUAACAUCACGAACAAAGCCAAAAUCUAUAAUGCUCUCGAGCAUGUUGCUAAAAUUGAUGCAGGUUUAUCUGUCAAGUCAACAGGAAACAAGGAGAAAGACAAACUCAAAUACAUUGAAAUCCUUCUCGAUAAUCACAACUUAGAGAUAAUUCAAAGGAUUGCCCAUUGCAUUCACCAUAUAUCCGCUCCCUUCUUUGAGAAGAUAUUGGCUGUUAAGGCCAUCGAGUUCUUGAUCAAACAUAACUUAAAUGCAACGGCAUCUGUUUUGAGUCAAAUUUCAACAUCUUUGCAAUCACUAAUUGAACUGAAAGAAUUUGAAUUUAUUGCUAUCAACUGCCUUUCUGUUUUAGUGAAGAAACUAAAACUCAACAACCUUAUAUCUCUAUUCGAUAUAAUAAUAUCGUUGGUAUUCCAAAAAUUUGAUAGCUUCGAAACGAGGUCCAAAUUGGUUGCAAUUGAGAUUAUCAACCAGAUGUUCCACUAUAUCGGCUCUCUCCAGAAUGACUAUGUGUUAUAUUACUUUUCAAUUCCUUUCAUUCCUCAUUUGGUAUCGGAGUACAAGUUAAACUCGAAUUUCAAAAAUUUUAAGAAUUUGAUCAAGCCAAAAUUGAAGAUUGGUUAUUUUCCUGAAUUUACAAGAAGAUUGAAAACUUUGAACAAAUUUGUGGUCAAGCAAGCACUUGUUGAUUUGGGUAACUUCACUAAUCAAUAUCAAGACAUUAUUCAACAAGAAUUUUCCAAGGACUUACAGACAAAUGUGAACAUUUAUGAGUCUAUAUCGGAGUUGAUAAAUACUUUGCUAGACACUUCCUAUAAAUUCAAAAACGAAUUAGACAAUGAAGAUAUUUCAACAAGCUGUGCAAAAUGUUUAUCGAUCAUAGGAUCCCUUGACUCAAAUAAAUUCAACCUUAAGUCCAUUAAACCGAAGAUCACGUUGGUUCAUAAUUUCAAUGAUUACAAGGAAAACUCGAUCUUCUUGACUGACUUUAUGGAGAACAUUAUCGUCAUAAACUUUUGGGCUUCGAACAACCCUAUUAAACAAAUGCACUAUAGUUUUGCGAUGCAGGAGUUCAUGAAGGUUCUUAAGCUCGAUGAGAGUAAUACCAAUUUGAAUCAGGGAGAAUUAAACUCCAAGACCAACACAACUGCAACUAAUAGCAUCUAUUUGAAAGUUUGGAACAAUUUUAGCGAUGUAGCAAAGUCUACAUUGAGUCCAUUCCUAAACUCUAAGUUCUUCUUCUCGAGUAAGGUGAAAACAAGUCCAGUUGAGUAUCCUAUUUUCAAAGCCGGAAUGAGCCAUGAGUAUUGGUUGACCUUGAUCAUCAAAGAUUUGAUUAGUUACUCACCAUGGAUUAAUGAUCCAAAGAAAAGUACAUUAUUCAGUGCUUUUAAUGCUUUGAUCAGUCAAAACGAUAUGUCCAUCUCGAAUUACCUUUUGAAGUAUUUGGUUUUGACCAACUUAUUAAAUCCUAACAGACUUUACUUCAAGAACCUUAUUCUCGAGAUCAGUGAAAUUUUCAACCAGAACACAUCCAUACUAAUGUCUGCUGACCAAACUGAAGCUUUGAAAGCCUGCUAUCAAACCAUAUUUGAGGUUUUAGACUAUUUGAACCAAUGGAGAUCUUCUACUAUCGAGCAUCUAAAUAACGAUAAUGUGAAGUUUUCAAGUAAUGACAUCAAUAAUAUGAAUAAGAAUUUGAGUCUUGUUAAUGAGUUUAUUACAAUAAUCUCGAACUAUUCGUUGUACGAAAAGUCUGCUUAUUGUGGCGCUUACGAACGUACCAUUUUGUACUUGGAACAAAAUUACAGAAUAGGUGAGAUUGGUAGUGACUUUAUUAUUGAAAAUCUCGACAAGAGUUCCAGUUUGCAUUCCAUGUAUGCUAACAUUAAUGAUCUUGACGCACUUGAUGGGGUCUUAAAGAACUUUCCUUCUCGUAACACUAAUAUUCAAUUGAAAAGCUUUCAAUACAAUGAGAAUUGGUCUCUUGCACAAGAAGCGUUUCAUGUAUUGAGUGAGAAUGGUGAUGACAAUGAUGAGUACAAAAUCAAGUUUUUGAAGUCAUUAAACGACCAUGCUGCUUAUGAAGAAGUGCUUUCAAAAUUGACCUCAAGUUUGAAUAUGAAUGACUUAACUAACUUUCCCUUGGAUUGGUCUCUAACUGGAUUACAGGCUUCUAUUUUCUCGGGAGAUAUUAGCCAAUUACAAAAAUGGUUCUAUAUUACUGAGUGUAUUGGAGUUCCACAAGAUGUCGACAAUUUGAUUACUUUCAAGCUUGCCGAGUUACUCCAAAAGCAACUGGGUGAUUUAGACGAACAGGUCCAAGAUUUAUACAAACUCAUUGGUGUGUCUUUAAAUUCCUCGAGUAUUGGAACAUCAAGAAAUCUCAAUUUGAUGUUGCAACUACACAUGAUAUUUGAUCUCAAGUUGUUAUUGAGUGAAAGUAAUAGAAAGCUGACUGUGAACUUGAGACUUGAAAAUAUCGAUCAGAGUUUUGAAACCAAAUGGAAAGUAUUAUCUAUGCACAAAUUUGUGAACAUAUUGAAGCUGAACUUCAAUGAGAUUAAUCAAAUCUAUUUGAGUAGCAGUAAGUUGGCGAGAACAAACAACAAGUUCCAUAUCGCUGUUGCUAGUGUUAUGAAGGCAAUGAACUACAACUAUGAGAGUAGCGAGUUGGAACUUGAAACAAAUUUUGAAUAUUCACAAUUAUUGUGGAAUCAAGGGAAGCAAACAGAAGCUAUCAAGGUAUUGGAGACGAUCGAUUUAAAUGAAAUUGCAAAUAAUCAACAAAAGGCCAAGAUUCAACUUCAAUAUGCUGACUGGUUGAAUGAGUCAAAUCACAGUUCAUCAAAGACGAUCAUUGAUCAAUACACAAAGGCCUAUACUUUGGAAAAGAAUUGGGAAAAGCCUUACUUUGCCUUAGGCAAAUACUAUGACAAGGUCUUGGAAUCACAAGACAUUAAUAACGGAUAUUAUCAACAGCAAAUAAUCAAAUGUUUCUUGAAGGCUUUGACUUUAGGUCCAUCAUCUAUAUUUGAAGGCUUGCCAAAGUUGAUUACCAUUUGGCUCGACUUUGCUCAAGAGACAAGACUCACAAAGGAUGCAGAAAAGGCUUUGUUACGUAUCAUAAAGGAUAUCGAAGACUACGUCAAAAGUGUCCCUACUUACGUGUGGUAUACUGCAAUCUCUCAAAUGUUGAGCAGAAUUAGCCAUAGUCACCUCCCAUCUGUGAAGAUGUUACAGGAAAUUAUCAGUAGGGUUAUUACCAGCUAUCCGAGACAAGCCCUUUGGUUUGUUUUAUCACACACCAACUCCAAGGAUAAGACAAGAAAGGAACGCGUUGAAAAAAUCAUUAGUAAAGUUGCAGAGACGUCUUCUGCUAAUAAUGCUCUACUACUAGAUGCCACCAAUUUGUUCAGUUAUUUCAUAUCUAUUUGCGGCAAGAAAUUCAAAAAAGGAACUAGGAAAGUUUCGAUAACCCAUGAUUUAAGCUUAACUCAAUUAUUUGAACCGUUUAGCCUUGUGAUUCCUGUUAGAUCCAACUUAAACAUCAAGCUUCCUACUCUUGUACAUACCAAGAAAGAGAGUACAGUCUUCCCUAAGUCGUCAUUGAUCACUUUUAAUGGUAUAGAUGAUCAAGUGAACAUUUUCCACUCAUUGCAAAUGCCCAAGCAGAUUACCGUGAGAGGCAGUGAUGGAAGAGCAUACCGAUUGAUGAUCAAGAAAGAUGAUACUAGAAAGGAUGCAAAAGUGGUAGAAUUCACUACAUUAAUUAACAGGCUAUUAAUUCUGAAUAAUGAAUCACGUAAGAGAAAUUUGGCCAUUCCUAAUUAUGCAGUGACACCUCUAGCACAGAAUAUGGGUGUGAUAGAGUUUGUUUCGGAUGUAGCCACGAUGAAAUCCAUUGUUAAUGAAGAAAGGAAGAAGAGUGGAAUUAACGUCAAUGACAGGCUUGUAUUUGGCAAGUUGGACAAAGUACAAAAGGUAUGUAAAAGUGCUGGAACAAGUGAUAACGGAGAAUCAAGGGCCAAAUUGCUUAAAGUUUUUGAAAGCAUACUUCAAAGUAGUCCUCCAGUGUUGCAUAAUUGGUUUAUAAAUCAAUUUAGUGACCCAACAUCUUGGUAUUUAGCAAGAAAUUCGUAUAUCAGGUCAAGUGCCGUGAUGUCUAUUGUUGGUUAUAUUAUUGGGUUGGGAGAUAGACAUUGUGAAAACAUUUUAUUUUUCAAGACAAACGGAUCAGUUCUUCAUAUUGAUUUCGAUUGUCUUUUUGAAAAAGGCUCCACUCUUCCAACCCCCGAAAUUGUUCCUUUCCGUUUAACUAGUAAUAUGGUCGAUGCCAUGGGUAUUAAUAAAGUUGAAGGGACCUUCAGAAAGACGUGUGAAGUCACUGACUCUAUCUUGAGAACCAAUGAACAUUCAUUGAUGAAUAAUUUAGAAACAUUGAUUUACGAUCCUUUGUUAGACUGGGAAAACCAACAAAAUCCACAGCAGCAUUUAAGAAAGGUUAGAAGAAAAUUGAUAGGAUUAUUAGAUGAGAAGGAAGGGUUACCGAUGAAUAUCCACGGUCAAGUUGAUAAUUUGAUUCAAUUGGCCUCCAGUAAUGAUAAUUUGUGCCAAAUGUAUGGAGGUUGGGCUCCACACAUUUAGUGUCUAAAUAAGUGUAUAUUAAUGUAUUAUAAUGUUCUUG